AUGCCCUUCGUCCGAACUGCGGCACGGCAACAAAGCUCAUCUGAAAAGCCCCCAAAAACAGUGCAAUGGACACCGCAUUCUCUCAAUGACUUCCAGAUCCCUCCUUCUGGGGACAACACAUUGCCAGAAGCUUCCAAGAAGCUUCCAACAGUCCACAUAGCUUAUAUUGCUCUCGGAAGCAAUCUGGGUGACCGGAUAGGCUGGAUUGAGAAAGCCUGCGAACAGAUGUCACGACGAGGGAUCAAGAUCAAGAGGACCAGCUGCCUUUGGGAGACGGAACCGAUGUAUGUUGUGGACCAAGGAAGCUUUAUAAAUGGAGUCUGUGAGGUGGAAACCACACUUGAGCCUCUUCCUCUUUUGGACACGCUCCAGAGUAUCGAGAAUCACCUCGGUCGGAAAAAGGUCAUCGACAAAGGGCCGCGCAAUAUCGAUCUUGAUAUUUUGCUCCAUGGUGAUCGAGUCGUCGCCCAUGAGAGGCUUAAAAUCCCCCAUCCAGGCAUGUUUGAGAGAGAAUUUGUACUGCGGCCUCUUGCAGAGCUAAUUCCGGGAAAGGCGCUGAAUCCAGCAUCCCCAUGGAAGCUAACGCAGGAUUACCUCAACGCUCUACCGCCGUCGACAUCUCCAAUAUCUACCCUGACUCCAUUGAAUCCUUCGUUGCAGGCCAUCCGUGCGCUGCAGUCAACCCGACGAACCCAUGUGAUGGCUAUCAUGAAUUUAACACCGGACUCUUUCUCGGACGGAGGCUUAAAUCUCCCUAGAGACAGCGAGAAAGGAAAGCAAGGUAUGAACUCCUUGUAUUCCAAGACCUUCCAGAAGAGCAAUGAUGGUGCCGCCAUCAUCGACAUUGGUGGCCAGUCCACCGCCCCCGGUGUCCACCAAGUGACCGAAGCAGAAGAGAUCUCGAGAACAAUCGGCUUCAUCCAGAACCUAAAAGAUCAUCCCCGAUUGCGAAAGAAAAUAGCUGUCAGCAUUGACACGUAUCGCUCAUCUGUUGCUGAGGCGCUAGAUGAAGUGGGAAUAGACAUAAUCAACGAUAUAUCCGCUGGCCAAAUGGAUCCGAACAUGCUUCCAACAAUGGCGCGUCUUGGCAAGACUGUAAUUCUGAUGCACAUGCGCGGAACCCCGGAAACAAUGAAUUCCCGCACAGCCUACCCCGACGGCCUGAUCUCCACAAUAGCCAAAGAACUUCUCGAGCGCGUCGCAGCAGCAGAAGCAGCGGGAAUCUAUCGAUGGCGCAUAAUACUCGACCCGGGAAUCGGCUUCGCGAAAACAAGUGAGCAAAAUCUGGAGAUAUUGAGGAGAUUCGAUGAAUUGCGUGACUGGCCAGGGUUGAGAGGCUUACCAUGGUUGGUGGGCUCGAGCAGGAAGAACUUUGUUGGGAAGAUUACGGGCGUUAAGGAAGCUUCUGGGAGGAUUUGGGGCACUGCCGCUACGGUUGCGGCUGCCGUGCAGGGUGGUGCUGAUAUUGUGCGAGUACAUGAUGUGAAGGAGAUGGCACAGGUGGCGAAGAUGUCGGACGCUAUUUGGAGAGCCUGA